GAAACACACUCUUGUGACACUGACGGUGUACUCGGCUGUGGUUUCCUGAAGGGCUCCUCCUAGAUGUUCAGUAGGAAAGAAGUGAUCAGAUGCUGCGGCGAGGAAUGGCGCCGACACCGUUCGUUCUACUGCUGGGUCUCAUUGGAAUGAACAUUGCUGGAACUAAACAAGAACGAUUGCCUCCCCCACGCCUUACCCUGCUGUCCCCAGGGGGCAUCUACAAAGGGCAAUCUGCUGACCUACAGUGCACCGCGCCGGGCAGCUUCCAGGAGAGCAUAUUCUACCUGUACAAGCGGGACAGCGGGAAUCUCCUCCAAACACAACACGCUCCGGAGGCCACCAGCACUGUCAUCUUCACCCUCCAUGGGCUGACGGACUCCAGCUCGGGGAACUAUGUCUGCACUUACCAGGCCCGGCAGUCAGAGGCAUUUCAGACUUCAGACACCAGUAACAUGGAAUACCUUACAGUUCUAGAUGUCCCUGUUUCCACCACUCCUGCUCCCGAUAUAGGGACCACUUUGCAAGUUCCAUUCUGGAUCGUGGUGAUGGCCGGCGCCGUGACUGGCAUCGUGGUCCUUGUGUUGUUAGUGACGGCGUCAGUCGCCAUCGUGAGGAAAUUUAAAGAGAAGAAGAAGCACGAGCAGAGGGAAAAAGAGUCGUCUUGGAUCUCCGGAAACAUGGACACAGGUUUUUUAACCCAUAAGCUUCUCCUCCCUCCAUCCCCCUCCUGUGCCUCUGAUGCUAUCACGUCUCAUCCCCCCCGAAUCACUGCAAGGUUGCCCCACCAAUAUCCUGAUCACCCCUCGACCCAUGGAAACCCCCUCAACACAAACAAGGUCCAGAAGGUCCUUUUUGCUUGCCAGGCAUCUCGAGAACCUUUCCGCGCAUGCACAGGCACUAGGCAUUCUUCAGACACCGAGACCUCUCCAUCCCAUAUGGCAUCCAGAGACCCCCUUGGAGAGGGGAGGACUGGAAAACCAGUUUUCAGCAGUUUUCACGCGUGA